AUGGGAGUGAAGCGGAUCCUGCAGGGCUGGGGCACUUUGUUCAGCUUCUUGGCCAACGUCUUCACCAUCCUGUCCAUCGUAACCAACUACUGGAUCCAGCGGGAGAAGGGGCACAGUGGCCUGUGGCUGGAGUGUACCCAGGGCCUGUGCUCCAACAUCCCCUGCCAGACCACAAUCUCCUUGGCUGGGGCGUGCAUGGUGCUGGCCAGCGGCAUCAGUGUGGUGGCCACGAUGAUGGGGUUGCGGAUUCUGUGUCGGGAGGACGAGUCGUUGAGAGGCCAGACUACAAGCGCCUUGCUCUUCGUCAGCGGGCUGCUGCUGAUCACGGCGCUGACCAGCUACACCGCGGGGAGUGAGAGGAAGGACGACGGCUUCUUCUCCUGGUCCUAUGUUUCAGGGUGGCUGGCUUUACCCUUCUCUGUUCUCGCGGGCUGCUGCCUCCUGCUGGCGGACAUGAUCCUGCAGAGCACGGAGGCCAUCGUUCCUUGCCACGCCCCCUUCUCCGAGGCCUCGCGUCCCGCCUCUCUCCCCCGGCUCCACUUUCCAUUGGCCUUCCGCCCCUGCCACACCUCUUCCCUUUUCUUCCUUCUGAUUGGUUACGUGGGCGGGGAAACAGUCUCUGCGAUAGUUGACUGGCUGGUCGCGCGGUGCGCAGGCGCAGACACCCGGGCGGGGCGUGCAGACCGGCCGGAGUAA